AUGGCCGAUCGGGCCAAGGCCAAGUCGAUCACUCAGGCCGCCUGGGGUUUCGUCAAUGACUCCUUGAUGUCCCCCUUGUGUCUCGUCGCCAGACCCGAGCUCAUCGCUGCCGCCGCCUUCCUCCUCGCCGUCUCCCAUCGUCUCUCCGAAUCUCCUGCCUCAGAUUGGGAGCAACAGGCGGAUCCUCAAGAACCACGCAACCUCGAAAACAAUCCCACCACUCAGUUCAAUAGCUUCCUCAACAUGCCCACCCGAGACGGCCCCGAAGAGGAGCCGACCCAAGAACCUUGGUGGAAGGCUUUCCAAGUUGAAAGUCUUGAUGAAAUACACCAAGUCGCCAACGCAAUGAUCGACCAAUACACUCUUUCUGUUUCUGAUUACAUUCGCGACCGGGCAGGCAAACUUGCGCGGUUUCCAGGGCCAUCAUUCCUGUCGGGACCGGUUGAGAUUAAAGAAAACCACCCUUCUCUUACUGGCCAAGCAGACAGUGUAAAGUGCCCAGAGAAGGUGAAUGGGCAAAGAACGCCUCUACCUCUGGAAGAUGAUCGGAGCCGCGCAAUCUCGUCUACGCCUUCGCGGGCGAUGAUGAGCGACAACAUGGACCUAGGCACGCCGAACGAGUCGGCUGGUCCGUCGCCGAAGAGCCAGCAGAUGAUUUCUCCGGUAGGCCCGACCAACGAAAGGUCGCCCACCAAGCGCUCCAGAUCCCCCGACUCUUCAUCUGGUCCUUCCAAAAACCCCAGGCUUGAUCUCCCCUCAUCCGUACCCUCAUCCACCCCCUUCCCGCCCCUCCCUCAGCCCCCUUCAGCCUCACCUCCUCCUCUCCCUCCAUCAAUCCCGAACCAGCCUAGUCCACCCCCUCCCUCGGAUCCUCAUCCGCCUCAUGUCUCGCAAUCACCACCUCCGAUCAAUACCAUCGAUCCCCCGAAAGAAACUGACGACAAACUCUCGGAGCCGUCUCCAGAUUCAUCAUUGACUGAUAUGGAAGAAGGCGAAUUGGAUUAA